AUGGAAAAAUCGAAACUACAAGCCCCUCCCCAGCCAUUCACCUUUCCGAUUUUUGAUACCAUUGAUGGAGACUUUUGCAAGGAAGACGUUUUAGUCCCCCUCAUCCAUUUUUGGGAAGCUCAAAAUUUCAAGAAAGGAAACAUGCUUAUGGGCGUUCAACUGCUUCUCAUCGACUCUAAGUCUAAUGCAGUCCAAGCCUACAUACCAGCAAACCGCCUAUUCCGCUAUGAAGGUCGUCUGAAAUCCAACUGUGUUUACACACUCAACAAUUUUAUGAUCAUUGCCAGCAAAAAGGUGUACAAAGUGUCAGACCACAAACACGGGAUCGUCUUUACGGAGAAAAUAUCAAUGGUAUUGGAGCCUAUUGGAGACCAUCAGAUCGACGAACAAAAGCUUCGUUUCCGUAACUAUGAAGAUUUUGCCUCUAUUGUAGACACAAAUGCAGAUCUAUUUGAUUUUAUUGGCCAGUUACGCCAAAUUGUUGGCGACAAUAUCCACUCCACUUCAACACUGGAAACAACGCCGCAAGUGGAAGGCAGCCGAUCAAGUGAUAGAAUGUUCUUACAUCUCCAACUGAAAGAUGGCCAGACUAUUCGUAUAUACCUCUGGGGAACCAUUGCUGCACUAUUUAGAGAAAGAUGGAACCAAAGUGAAGUCAAGCCAGUUGUCCUCCUCAUCACUACUGUCAACCCAAAAACAGUAGGACCUGCUAUGGCACUCAACUCAACAUCUUCCACACGCAUAUUCUUUGACGCAGACGUCGCAGAAACCAAACAAUACCUGACAUGGUUAGGUGAUAAUGGUCACAACACUCCAAAAAUUGCAAGCUCCUCCUCUGCCGUUACCAAACUUGAGACAGUUACAAUCCAGGAAAUUCUCCAAUUUCUACAAACUGAGAAUCCCCAGGAAGAUAGCUUCUACUGUUUUGGUACCAUUCUUGACAUACAACCACAAUAUGGUUGGUACUACAUCUCAUGCAGCAAAUGCAACAACAAACUUGAGAAGGCUGAUACAUAUUUGUACUGCAACUAUUGCAACGAAUCCAACAACAUCGGUGUCAUCAGGUUUCUCAAAUUCUAA